AUGAAACUAUUUCUGCCUUUUCUAAUUUGCAUCGCAGCAAUCUUUCUUACAAUUAACCCUUCUAUCAAAGACACUUUCGUCGCAUAUAUCCAACCAGCUCUUAUCCUGCCGAAGUCUCUUUUGGCAAUCUUUGGCAAUCAAACAGACCCCAACGUCGGUUUCGAUACCCUGACUCCCACAGUCUUCCCUAUCACAGAAAUGGCCGUCCCCCGCGCAAUUCGACAGGCAUUCCUUGCUAUUGAGCAAGCAGAAGGCGCAGGUGCACGCGUGCGCCGCUCCAUCGGUACUGCUAAGCUCCGCAACUUCAGCCCUUUUCUCAUGCUCGACCACUUCACCAUCGGCAAGGGCGCUGGCUUCCCAGAUCACCCACACCGUGGCCAGGAGACCAUCACCUAUCUAUUGUCCGGCGGAGUUGAUCAUGAAGAUUUCGCUGGCAACAAGGGCACCAUUGGGCCCGGUGAUCUGCAGUUCAUGACUGCCGGCCGCGGCAUCAUGCACGCCGAGAUGCCGCACGAAAACGCGGACGGUAGCCCCAACGUCGGUAUGCAGUUGUGGGUUGAUCUUCCCCAGAAGCUGAAGUUCUGUGAGCCCCGCUACCGUGACCUUCGGGCUGCUGAGAUCCCUCUCGCCACGAUCGAUGAUGGCCGUGUCCAGAUCAAGGUCAUUUCUGGUCAGUCGCAUGGUGUUGACUCCGUUCGCGACUUGGCAUACACCCCAGUCUGGAUUCUUGAUAUCACCAUUAAGCCUGGCGGCCGUGUCUCACAGCCCUUACCACAAGGCUGGAACUCAUUUGCAUACACCUUGGCUGGUGAGACGGUCUUUGGCUCGAACGAUUCCACUCGCAUUGUGAAGGAAUUCACCAACGUCGUAUUCGAACAGGCUGGUGACUUUGUUGAACUCUCGGUCCCGGACAACGCAGACAAGGACUCCCGUAUUUUCCUCGUGGCUGGUCAGCCGCUGGACCAGAAGGUUGUGCAGUAUGGACCUUUUGUGCUGAACACCCAGGAGGAGGUCUACCAGGCGAUGCUCGACUUCCAGACCGCAUCUAAUGGAUUCGAGAGGACGCGAGGCUGGCAGAGUGAGAUUGGCAAGCGGAUGGCAUAG